UCCUCUCUAUAAAACCAAAUGGUCAUUUCGUUAUUCUUCAAAAGAAAAACACUAAAAAACUCAUCUCAAAGCUCAGCCAAGGCAAGCCAUGCAAGUACAGGUCAGUAAUAUUUCAUUGUGGGCCUUAAAUGGCCACCAAAGCCCAAACAAGCUCCAACUGAGAAGCCCAUCACCAAAACCCAGAUUCCGAGUCUCAGCCGUGGCCUCACCACCGCGGCCGAUAAAACUCCAUCAGCCGACGAUGUCGCCGGCUAAAGAAGAAGUGUUCAAGUCGCUAGAAGGGUGGGCCACCGAAUGGAUUCUUCCACUGCUAAAGCCGGUGGAGGAAUGUUGGCAGCCCCAAGACUUGUUACCCAACCCAUCAAAUUAUGAUGAAGAAUUCUUCGAUCAGAUCCGUUCGAUUCAAGAUCGUGCGGCUGAGAUUCCAGAUGAGUAUUUUGUUGUGUUGGUUGGGGAUAUGAUCACGGAGGAAGCAUUGCCUACUUACCAGACCAUUAUGAACUCUAUUGAUGCCGUUAAGGAUAGGACUGGAGUUUGCUCCAGUCCAUGGGCUCGGUGGAUCCGCGCUUGGUCCGCCGAGGAGAAUCGCCACGGUGACUUGCUUCGUACCUAUUUAUACUUAUCGGGUCGGGUCGAUAUGACCAUGGUUGAACGGACUAUCCAACAUUUGAUUGGAGCUGGCAUGAAUGGAAAUUUCAACAACAAUCCAUACUUGGGUUAUGUGUACACAUCAUUUCAAGAGCGAGCAACAUUUGUGUCGCAUGGCAACACAGCUCACUUAGCGAAAAAGAGCGGAGAUCCACUCUUGGCGCGCAUUUGCGGAACUAUUGCAGCCGAUGAGAAGCGACAUGAGAUUGCUUACGUAAAAAUGACCGAGAAGCUCUUAGAAGUUGACCCAAAUAAUGUCAUGCUCGCAAUCGAGGAAAUGAUGAGGAGAAAGAUCACAAUGCCGGCCGCUCUUAUGUACGAUGGAUGCGACCCCAUGUUAUUCCACCACUUCUCAGCUGUGGCUCAGCGCCUAGGCAUCUACACAGCCGAUGACUACGCUGACAUCUUGGAGUUCUUAAUCAAACGGUGGAGGUUAGAGAAGAUGGAAGGGUUGAAUCCCGAGGCUCAAAGGGCGCAAGACUUUGUUUGUGGCCUUGCGCCGAGAAUUAGGAAGCUUCAAGAGCGAGCUGAUGAGCGUGCACAAAAGAUGGAGCCUCUUAGUGUCAAGUUUAGUUGGAUUUUUAACAAGGAGGUUCUUGUGUAGAAGUAAAAAUAUAUUAUUAGGGUUUUAAUAAAUAUGAAUUAGCGUAAGAAAAAUGAGUGAGCAUUUAGAAUUGAUGAUUAUAUAUGAAGAAUUUACGUGUUUUAGUAUGUCUAACUAUGUCGAAGAAAUAAUUUGUUAUGUUGUACUUUUGUAUUUAAUUUGUCUCAGUUCUUUGUAUGCGCACUUUUAUCUUUUGAUGAUGCAAUAAAUAUGGUUGUAAGAAGGGUUUAUAUAAUAUAACUUAUUAUAUUUUGUAUUGUACA